CAAACCACCUGCAGCAAUCACAUGAUAUCUGACUUUUCACUGCAGUGAAAAUGACACUUGACAACCAGAAAUUACAUUCUGAGAUGGUUCCCAUGAAAGGCGCUGGGAAUACGGAUGGCGGUAUUACAUCAGUCUAUGAGCUCAAGGAGAAGCUUGGAGAGGGAUCCUUCUCCGAAGUAUGGCUGGCUCAGCAUCGGCGCUCUCAAAAGCUCGUAGCUGUCAAAUGCAUCCGCAAGAGGGCGGUGGCGGGCAAGGAGGCCAUGUUGCAGAAUGAGAUCGAUGUGCUGCGCAAGAUUGACCAUGAGAAUAUCGUCUCUCUGGAGGACACCUUUGACACACCAGCAAAGCUCUACCUGGUGAUGACUCUGGUUACUGGAGGUGAGCUGUUGGACAGGAUCCUGGACAGAGGCAUCUACACGGAGAAGGAUGCCAGCUGUGUUAUCCGUCAGGUGCUGGAAGCAGUCAAAUACCUGCACAAGCUGGGCAUCGUGCACAGGGAUCUGAAGCCCGAGAACCUGUUAUACGAGACUCCAUUUAAGGACUCCAAGAUUGUCAUCAGUGACUUUGGCUUGUCUAAGAUGGAAGACCAAGGAGUACUAUCCACGGUCUGUGGGUCUCCCGGCUACGUUGCACCAGAGAUCCUGCAGCAGAAGAAAUAUGGGAAAGCCGUGGAUCUUUGGGCUGUGGGCGUGAUAUCCUACAUACUACUGUGUGGGUACCCACCCUUUUACGAUGAGAAUGACACGGAGCUCUACAGGCAGAUAAUGAAGGGCGAAUAUGAGUUUGACUCCCCUUUCUGGGAUGAUAUCUCGCAGUCAGCCAAAGACUUCAUAUCACACCUACUGCAGGUAGAACCAGAGAAAAGGCUUGACUGUGACCAGGCAUUGCAGCACCCUUGGAUAUCUGGUGGCACCGCCCUGGAAAGAAACAUCCACAGCACAGUCAGUGCACAGAUCCAGAAGACCUUCGCCAAGAACCAGUGGAAGAGGGCAUUCAAUGCUACCUUGGUGGUGAAGCACCUCAGUAAGAAGGCCACCCAUACAGAGGAGGAGGAGGAUGCAGGCCUGGCUGCAGCCGGUGGAAGUCUGCAGAAGCACUCAUGAGCAGAGGUUUGCUCUCAGCUCUGACAAUAGCAAAAGGACACGUGUGACGCAGAGGCUGCACUGGAGUAAAUGUCUGCACGUCUUUCCACACGAGGUGCAUUUCGGCCCACGUGGUCCUGCGAUUUGGCGAAUGCAAGUAAAUUAUAUUGCCUAAAUGGAUGCGGUGUAGUUAAUGUAUUUUUAACAAAGAUUACAAAUCCAUUUCCGACAUACAGGAUCCUGGACUGAUAUUCAGCUACUCUUGCUGUUUUUGAGUCAUAAAUAUUACUGUGCAUGCAAAACUAUAACAGAUUAAAGUGUUUGUAAUUGUGUGGGAGGCUGUUUGCAUGAUUAGUUAUGUUAUUCCAACAAAUAAUCUAAGCAUCACGUGCGUUAAUGAUUUUUGAAUCAAAUUUGACCGUGUGGUCUCCUGAUUGAUAAGGAGUGUGCUGCCAUAAAGUUUCGGCACAAAUUAUGAUAUGUAACUUUGGAAGACUGUUUUGAUUCUUGUUUACGGAGAUAUAAUUAGUCGAGAGAUAAACACUCAUUGUUCGUCACUGUUGAACAAGUCACUGGAUUUUUUUUCAUUAGUUACUUUCAUAUAUUUUUAUUUUGGAAUCUUUCAUUCUGAAUUUUCUUUAAAAUGGACAUUAUGUGAAAUCUAUCAUAUUCCAUAUAAGAUGGUACUAUUGAUGUUCAUAUUAAAGCAACUAUAAAAUCUGGCUUUACUUGUGAGAAAAAUCGCCCACAAUAAUAGAUUAAACGUAUUUUGACAGGUACUUUUUCUGCAUUUAUAUAUAAAAAAGAUCACUGAAUAUUAAAAUGCCCUGCAGUUUGCAAACACAGGCAGCCAUGUUGGACUAGCACUUAAUUUGUCAUCAAAUGGCUUUUUAAAGACAGAAAUGUCUGUAUAUUCAAAUAAAUUCGUUAUGCCGCAGUUUGCAUGAUGUCAUAAAAGCCUUUAUAGGGCGA